AUGUCAUCGCUGCGGCACGCGUACGUCUUCCUCUCCAUCCUCUAUCCUCUUCGUCUUUUGGGCUUCAUCAAGACACUAACUCCAGCUAGCAUCCAGCGCCGCGCGCACAAAGAACGCGCCCAGCCUCUGGAGCGCCAAAGACUUGGCAUCCUCGAAAAGAAAAAAGACUAUCGCCUCCGCGCGCGCGACUACAAAAAGAAGCAGGCUGUGCUAAAAUCGCUCCGCCAAAAGGCGGCCGAGCGCAACGAAGAUGAGUUCUACUUCGGCAUGAUGUCCCGGAAAGGGCCUGGGUCGGCGCUUACUCGGGGUAAAGGCUUUACCGGGACGGUAGAUGGAGACAGGGGGAAUAAAGCACUUAGUGUGGAGACGGUGAGGUUGCUCAAGACGCAGGAUUUGGGGUAUGUCAGGACGAUGAGGAAUAUUGCUGCGAAGGAACUCAAGGAAUUGGAAGAGAGGUAUGUGCUUGCGGGAGGGGCGGACCAGCCGGUGGAGGAAUUUAAUAGUGAUGAGGAUGAGGAGGAGUCGGGGUCAAAGCAGGCUAAGCCGAAAAAGAUUGUUUUCUUUGAAGGGGUUGAGGAGAGGCAGCAGGCGCUGGAGAAGCAGAAGGCGGAUGAGGAAAUGAAAGAUUAUGAUGAGGAAGAGGAUGGGUAUGACUUUGACGAUGAGGAAGAAAUGACGGAGAAGGAGAAGGAAGAGCGCAGGAAGCAGCUCGUUCUGGAGAAGCUUGCGCGCAAGGUCAAGGCUGCGAGGAAGAAGCUCAAGGCGUUAGCGGAUGCUGAGUAUGAACUGGAGCUGCAGCAGGCUAAGAUGGCGAAGACGGCGACGUCGGGCGGAUUUACGAAGUCGGGGAGGAGGAUUAAGGUUCGGGAGAGGAAGCGCUGA